AUGAUUUCGGAAGACGAGAAACACACAAACCCCGCCUCCUCAGCGCAAGAGGAAAAGUUUUUCACCGAGGACGCCUCGUCCCCGCAGUCGCUCUCCAGUACUGUGACCAAACCCAAGCUUCCCCUGGGGUGGAGGAUCCUCGUUCUAGUCCUUACGUGCCUCUGCAGUUUUGGGAACCAUUGGUCGAAUGGACUCAUCGUCGCCCUCAAGACGACGAUUAUCGCCGUGACCAAGAUCAAUAAUUCGAAGUUUGCAACGCUUGUCGCUGUGACCAACCUAGUCAACACCUUCCUCUGCGUCGGCUUCGGCUUCAGCAUCGACAAAUGGGGUGGCCCUCUCCUCUCAGCUAUUCUGGCAAGCUUCCACCUCGGCGGCUCCAUCAUCAUGGCUGGGGCAGCGACAAAUCACCUGAACAGCUACCCACUCCUCAUUCUUGGGAAGGUCAUAGCUGCCAUCGGUGAUGGCUCGCUCGACAAUGCCCAACACCGCAUCUUCUCAACAUACUUUGCUCGCGGCCGGGGUUUCGCUUUUUCGAUCGGUGCCAUUUGGGGGGUUGCCAACCUCGCACAAUUCACGGGACAGUCAACUGCAAACGUCAUUGCGAAGAAUACAGGAACGUUUGCGUGGGCGCUCUGGAUCAGCGCCGCCAUCGCACUAUUCUCCGUCCUCUGUGGUAUUGCUGUUGUCUUUUUGGAUCGAUGGCUCCGUGACCGCUACGACAUCACGGACCAAACAGACGGUCAAUUGCUGAAGACCCACACACGCAGAGGCGUGUUCAGCAUCAAGGCGAUCAAACACCUCCCUCUUACAUUCUGGGUUGUUGUCUUUUUCGCGAUCUUCGAGAACGCUGGGGUCCAGUCCUUUGUCUCAAUUUCAACGCAAUUUGCACAGCAACGCCUCAAGAAGGGAGCGGUGAUUGGUGGCUGGGUCUCCAGUUUCUACCUGCUGCUCCCGGCAUGCCUCACUCCUUUCCUGGGCAUUUUCAUUGAUGCCUCUGGCCAUCGUGUCUCGUUCCUGUUUAUAUCCGGCUUGACGUUCCUCAUCUCAAUGCUUUUUCUCAAGUUCUCGCACACGGUUCCAACCUUCGUCACUGCAUACGUUUUCUAUGCCCUGUCGCAGAGUGUUACGCCGGCCCCUCAAGUCGAAAUUGUAAGAAGUGUUAUUGCCGAUCCGCAAUGGUUUGCAACAGCCUUCGCGAUCAAGAAGUCUGUCGUGCAAGCAUCCAUCGUCAUCAUCACCACUGCCGCGGGUAAAUUGCAAGACGAUACCCCAAACAACUCGCUCGACAACGCAGUGACGCUAUGGCUUGCCUAUGCCUUCAUGUCCGUCGUCAUCUCCGGCGCACUCCUCGUGUCCGCGUCAUUUCCGUCCGCUGCCUGGUGCCUUCCAGCGGCGCGUCUGGCCCAGGUUGCGCCGCGCAAGCUACCGCAGGAGGUCGCACGGCUUAUGGCCUGGAAGGAACUAUUGCUACGAGAUCCGACUGGGGUUGGUGUGCAGUGGGUGAAGAACAUGAACCCAGGGGGUGAGAAGCUAUUGCUUGAUGAUGUCGAGGUGAAGAAAGGAGAAAAGCUUUUGAAGAUGUCUAUCAUUGGCCAAGGUUAUAAGUCGAUGCAGUGGCUCUAUAUUGCCACUUCCGUGGGUGUCAUUCUUGUUGGUUGGAUUAUGUUUGGAUUGGGUGUGGGUUGGGGUGUCCAUGGAAGUGUGAUUGCUGGUACCACCGGAGAGUAG